AGUCUUCUUCUUUCUCUUCAUUAAUCUUUUAUAGGUUUCAAUAAUAGAUACUACACAACAAUGCCAUACUCCGCUAUCGACAUUAACGAAGAAGAAAGAGCUUACCAACAACAAGUUGCUGAAAUUAAGAAAUGGUGGGCUCAACCAAGAUGGAGAAAGACCAAGAGAAUCUAUACCGCUGAAGAUAUUGCUAAGAAGAGAGGUACUCUCAAGAUUGACUACCCAUCUUCCCAACAAUCUGACAAAUUGUUCUCUUUGUUGGAAAAGCAUGAUGCUGACAAGACUGCUUCCUUCACCUUCGGUGCCUUGGACCCAAUCCACGUUGCUCAAAUGGCCAAGUACUUGGAUUCCGUCUACGUUUCUGGUUGGCAAUGUUCCUCUACUGCUUCUACUUCUAACGAACCAUCUCCAGAUUUAGCUGAUUACCCAAUGGAUACCGUUCCAAACAAGGUUGAACAUUUGUGGUUUGCUCAAUUAUUCCACGACAGAAAGCAACGUGAAGAAAGAUUAAACAUGUCUAAAGCUCAAAGAGCCAAGACUCCAUACACUGACUUCUUGAGACCAAUUAUUGCUGAUGCCGAUACUGGUCACGGUGGUAUCACUGCUAUUAUCAAGUUGACCAAAUUGUUUGUUGAACGUGGUGCUGCUGGUAUCCAUAUCGAAGAUCAAGCUCCUGGUACCAAGAAGUGUGGUCAUAUGGCUGGUAAGGUUCUUGUUCCAGUCCAAGAACACAUUAACAGAUUGGUUGCCAUUAGAGCUUCUGCUGAUAUCUUGGGAUCUAACUUAUUGGCUGUUGCCAGAACUGAUUCUGAAGCCGCCACUUUGAUUACUUCUACCAUUGAUCACAGAGACCAUUACUUCGUCAUUGGUUCUACCAACCCAGAUGCUCCUGAAUUAGCUGGUUUAAUGGCCGAAGCUGAAGCUAAGGGUAUCUAUGGUGAAGAAUUGGCUGCUAUUGAACAAAACUGGACCAAGACUGCUGGAUUAAAGUUGUUCCAUGAAGCUGUUAUCGAUGAAAUUAACGCUGGUAACUACUCAAACAAGCAAGCCUUGAUUAAGAAGUUUACCGACAAGGUCAACCCAUUAUCCAACACCUCCCACAAGGAAGCUAAGAAGUUGGCUAAGGAAUUGACUGGUAAGGACAUUUACUUUAACUGGGAAGUUGCCAGAGCUAGAGAAGGUUACUACAGAUACCAAGGUGGUACUCAAUGUGCUGUUAUGAGAGGUAGAGCCUUUGCUCCAUAUGCUGAUUUGAUCUGGAUGGAAUCAGCAUUGCCAGACUACCAACAAGCCAAGGAAUUCGCCGAAGGUGUCAAGGCUGCUUACCCUGACCAAUGGUUGGCUUACAACUUAUCUCCAUCUUUCAACUGGAACAAGGCUAUGCCACCAAAUGAACAAGAGACUUAUAUCAAGAGAUUGGCCAAGUUGGGUUACGUAUGGCAAUUCAUUACUCUUGCUGGGUUACAUACUACUGCUUUGGCUGUUGAUGACUUCGCUAACCAAUACUCGCAAAUUGGUAUGAGGGCUUAUGGUCAAAAUGUUCAACAACCAGAAAUUGAAAAGGGUGUUGAAGUUGUCAAGCAUCAAAAAUGGUCUGGUGCUGAAUAUAUUGAUGGCUUAUUGAAAAUGGUCAGUGGUGGUGUUACUUCAACUGCUGCCAUGGGUGCUGGUGUUACCGAAGACCAAUUUAAAGAAAAGAUUUAGAUAAUCUUUUUUUUUCUCACUUAGCCAUUUAUUUAUUGUUUAUGUUAGAUAGUUGAAAUAUUAAACUUGUAUUUG